CUUCCUAACAACAAGCAUUUAGCCACAGUUCGGCUGGAACAUCUGAAAAGAAAAAUGGAAAAAAAUCCCAAAUACAAGAAGGACUAUGGUCAGUUCAUGGUCAAUGUUUUCAAAGAUGGUGAUGCAGAGGAAGUCCACGCAACAUCAAAGGAUGGGAACACCUGGUACAUACCACACCAUGGAGUGUACCACCCGCGAAAGCCAGAAAAGAUUAGAAUUGUCUUCGAUUGUUCUGCCAAAUAUGAAGGCACUUCGUUGAAUGACCACCUUCUCACGGGGCCGGAUUUAACCAACGCCUUGACUGGAGUGCUGUGUCGGUUCCGACAGUAUCCAGUUGCGAUCAACUGUGACGUGGAGAAAAUGUUCCAUCGCUUUCAUGUUACUCCAGAAGAUCGGGAUUUCAUGAGGUUCCUGUGGUGGGAGAAUGGGAACACAGCGAGUGAGCCCAGGGAAUACCGCAUGAAGGUGCACAUAUUUGGAGCGGCGUCAUCGCCAGGUUGUGCGAAUUAUGGCAUGAAAUACCUCGCCACCAAAUAUGAGCAUGAGUACCCCAUGGCAGCAAGCUUCAUCCGUAGGAACUUUUAUGUGGAUGAUGGUCUUGUCAGUUUGGAUACCGUGGAAAAGGCCAAGCAACUUGUCCAUGAAGCAAGAGAAGUCUGUCAGAAGGGACAGCUGCGUCUGCACAAGUUUAUUUGCAAUAACGAAGUGGUCUUGGAAAGCAUUCCAGAGAGUGAGCGUACUCCACAAGUCAAGGACGUGGACUUAAACUACGCAGAGCUACCAGCUCAGAGAGUGCUGGGAGUUAAGUGGAACAUCGAAAAGGAUGUUUUCUCUUUCAAUGUGGUUCAACAAGAAAGAACAGCCACUCGAAGAGGCAUCUUAUCCACAGUCGCCAGCAUAUAUGAUCCGCUAGGAUUUCUGGCCCCCUACAUCUUGACUGGGAAAAGAAUCUUGCAAGAAAUGUGCAAGCGAGGUGUAGGUUGGGAUGAGCCUGUCCCGCCAGAGCUAAAUACGAAGUGGGAGACAUGGCUCAAUGACCUGAACAAUCUUCAAACCAUUCAAAUAGCAAGGUGCUUUGUUCCCAACAAUCUUGGCAUGAUCCAGAAGAUAGAGCUGCAUCACUUUUCUGAUGCAUGUAACGAUGGCUAUGGGCAGUGCUCAUAUAUCAGGAUCGUGGCUGAAGAACAAGUGCAUUGCACUUUAGUUAUGGCCAAGGCUAGGGUAGCACCCAUGAAGAUUGUCAGUAUCCCACGUCUAGAGCUCACCGCAGCCACUAUCUCGGCAGCCGUAAGUAAAGUUCUCAGAGGAGAGCUUGAUUUGAAAAUCGAUGCUGAGUACUUUUGGACGGAUUCACAAGUGGUACUGGGAUAUAUCAAGAAUGAGGCCCGGCGUUUUCACGUCUUUGUUGCGAAUCGGAUCCAGAAGAUCAUAGACUCUACUGACCCCAAUCGAUGGUUUUACGUUGAAACAAGUCAAAACCCAGCAGAUUAUGCAUCUAGAGGAUUCAAGGUGGCAGAUCUAAUGACAUCAGAUUGGCUAAAGGGACCUAAGUUCUUAUGGGAACAGGAAAUUGUGACUAAUCCAACAAUCUCAGAGCUUCUUAUAGGUGACCCAGAGGUCAAAGUCCUGAAAACUGAUGUUGUGCAGAAAGAUGACCUUCUGAUAAGGCUGGCAAGGUUUUCAGACUGGGUCACUUGCCUUAACGUCAUUGCUCGCAUUAGGAGGCUGGCUCAUGGAGACAUAUCUGGGCCUGUUACAGUAGAGGAGCGAAAGAAAGCAGCUCUCGUGCUGAUCAAGGCGGCGCAAAAGGAAGCAUUUGGAGAAGAGCUGAAGCUGCUAAGCCAAUCACAGAAACUCAGGAGAACUCACAAGAUGUAUGAACUCGAUCCGUUUCUUGAGUACGGAGUGCUCAGAGUUGGUGGCAGGUUGAGAAGGUCAUCAGCGUCGCUAGAGUUCAAACAUCCCAUAAUACUCCCGAAAGAAGGCAUCGUAACGCAUCUGAUACUUGAUCAUUGCCAUAAAAGAACACAACACCAAGGCCGAGGGCAAACACUGAACGAUCUCAGAGCCAACGGCUACUGGAUUAUGGGUGCUAGUAAAGUUGUGGCCAAGCACAUCAGGAGUUGCGUGACCUGUAGGAGGGUGCGGGGUCGACCUGAAGGACAGCGUAUGGCUGACUUGCCUGUUGAUCGCAUAGAACCAUCUCCUCCUUUCUCAUAUACAGGCAUCGACUGUUUUGGCCCUUUUUACACGAAGCAAGGUAGAAAAGAGUACAAGAGAUAUGGGCUGUUGUUAACAUGCCUAAGCUCUAGGGCUAUUCACAUUGAAAUGCUCGAGGACAUGACAACUGAUGCAUUUCUAAAUGCAUUAAGAUGUUUCAUUGCAAUAAGAGGAACAGUCAGACAAAUUAGAUCUGACCAAGGUACAAAUUUCGUAGGAGCAAAGAGUGAGUUGGGAAAAUGCUUGAUGGAACUUGACAAGGAAAGGAUUGCGACCUAUCUCGCAAGAAAGGAAUGUGACUUCCUUAUGAAUGUUCCCGAAGCCAGUCAUAUGGGAGGCAUAUGGGAGCGUCAGAUUCGGACGACAAGGAGCGUGCUGAGCUCUGUCCUAGCCCAGGCUACCGGAAGACUGGAUGACUCCUCAUUAAGAACGUUCUUCUACGAGGCCAUGGCCAUAGUCAACAGUCGCCCGCUGACAACAGACACCCUAACAAAUCCCAAGGGAGCUGAACCCUUGACACCCAAUCACUUGCUUACUAUGAAAUCUACAAUACCCCUUCCACCUCCAGGAAAAUUCGUUCAAGAAGAUCUGUAUGCAAGGAAACGGUGGCGCAAAGUACAGUAUCUCUCAGAACAGUUCUGGAACAGGUGGCGUCGAGAAUACUUAACUAGCAUCAGCCUUCGUCAGCAGUGGCAUACAACCAGACGAAACGUGCAGGUUGGGGAUGUAGUCAUCGUUAAUGAUGAAAACACUCCCAGAAAUGAGUGGCCACUAGCUAGAGUAGUUGAGGCACAGGAAGAUGAUGAUGGUCUCGUGCGAAAGGUGAAAAUACAAGUAGGCCAAAAUAAAUUAGGACCAAAGGGUGAACGCUUAACACAACCUUCAUUUCUUGAGCGUCCAGUGCAGAAAUUAGUUGUAUUGGUUGAAUAUUAUUCAAAAUAGCUCAGCAUUAACAUGAAAAUCAGUCACUUAUUGUAAGACCUAUUGAUGGACAUUUUGGGUAAAGGUUAAUUUGAAGUUAUUGAAAAUUACAUGUUUUACUUCUUUGAAUAUGGUGAAAGUAAACCUUUUGUAAUUUUGGUGGCAGUGUAACGAACGUAGUCACAUGGGCUUUUUUUUUGUACAUAUUUUGGGGGGUACCGUUUGAUUGGUGGCGUCAUCUGACCACCUCAGUAAUUAGGUCGUCACUUGGUCACGUGAUGCUUUUGAUAGAGAACUUUAAGUUUUGUUUUAUACUCAGUUGGUGUGCGCAAGCGGCAACAAGAAAGACAAAGAACUGAAAUAAGGAAGAAAUGGACUUCUAGCAACUCCUAACCUUCUGGUUGGAGGGGCAUACGUGUUCACGGUGGUCUUGGACGUUUAUGCGGCAAAAAUUCAUUUAAUAAAACGUUUGAAACCAUCA